AUGGAGAGUGCAAGGGGAACUGAUACAACUGAAUCCUCAGAGGCUCACAUAAGCCGAAUGGAACAGAUGCUUGCAGCAUUGACCGAAGCUAUGACACAACAGCAGAGACAACAACCUUUGCCCCUUCCGCUUCUACCGAUGAAACCGCCAACUUUCUUGGGUGGGAUUGAACCGUUGAAAGCGGAACCAUGGUUUCUUGAGAUAGAAAAGUUGUUGGAAGUUUUUCCCUGUACCGAGACUCAAAAGGUUUUAUUGGCCACCUAUACUCUUAAAGACAAAGCUUGGAGGUGGUGGUUACUGAUUCGGAAUACCAAUGAAAACAUGACAUGGGCUCGAUUCAAUGAAAUCUUUUAUGAAAAGUACUUCCCUCAGUAUUUUUUGGACCGAAAAAUGUCUGAAUUCCAAGAACUUAAGCAAGGUAGAAUAUCUGUAGCUGAGUACUAG